GCGAGAGGCGCGCGCGCGCUGCGGACGGGGAGGACAAGAUGGCGGCGACAACGACGAUGGCGCUGGGAACGGAGUCCAUUAAGAUGGAGAACGGGCAAAGCACGGCAGCCAAGCUGGGGCUGCCCCCUCUCACCCCAGAGCAGCAGGAAGCUCUCCAGAAAGCCAAGAAGUACGCGAUGGAGCAGAGCAUCAAGAGCGUGCUGGUGAAACAAACCAUCGCCCACCAGCAGCAGCAGCUCACCAACCUCCAGAUGGCAGCAGUGACAAUGGGCUUUGGAGAUCCUCUCUCACCUUUACAAUCGGUCAAUAGACAUAUUCACUUCUUCUGGGGCACUUGUCUUAGUCAGGGCCUAGCGUGGGGACGUUCGUAGUGGUGCCAGUGCUCUUGUCCGCGCCCAGCGCAGCCCUCCCACAUCCCCACCUGUACUGGACACGCCCAGGAGCAGAGCGAGGUGUCACUGCCCCGAGAAGACCCCAGGCUGUGCAGUCUGCGGGGACACUGCCACUCGGGGGCAAAGACAGCUUUAGAUUUCCACCAGUUCUGAACACACCCGUGAAAUUGUGGGAGCUGCAUUUCUAGGGAUGCUACAGUUCUGAGGUCCCGACCUAAAACUAACGGCCAAGAUGGCGGCUCAGAGGCAGCGCGCGCUCGCCAUCAUGUGCCGGGUCUACGUGGGCUCCAUCUACUACGAGCUGGGCGAGGACACCAUCCGCCAGGCCUUCGCCCCCUUCGGGCCCAUCAAGAGCAUCGACAUGUCCUGGGACUCCGUCACCAUGAAGCACAAGGGCUUUGCCUUUGUGGAAUACGAGGUUCCCGAGGCCGCCCAGCUGGCCCUGGAGCAGAUGAAUUCCGUCAUGCUGGGGGGAAGGAACAUCAAGGUGGGGAGGCCCAGCAACAUCGGGCAGGCUCAGCCCAUCAUUGACCAGCUGGCAGAGGAGGCCCGGGCCUUCAACCGCAUCUACGUGGCCUCGGUGCACCAGGACCUGUCCGACGACGACAUCAAGAGCGUGUUCGAAGCCUUUGGCAAGAUCAAAUCCUGCACCUUGGCCAGGGACCCCACGACAGGGAAGCACAAAGGCUACGGCUUCAUUGAGUAUGAGAAGGCCCAGUCUUCCCAGGAUGCCGUGUCCUCCAUGAACCUCUUUGACCUGGGGGGUCAGUACCUGCGGGUGGGCAAGGCCGUGACGCCCCCCAUGCCACUGCUGACCCCAGCCACCCCUGGAGGGCUCCCCCCGGCAGCCGCCGUCGCUGCUGCUGCCGCCACCGCCAAGAUCACGGCACAGGAAGCCGUGGCAGGAGCUGCAGUGCUGGGCACGCUGGCGACCCCGGGGCUUGUGUCCCCUGCCCUGACCCUGGCCCAGCCCCUGGGGGCUCUGCCCCAGGCCGUGAUGGCUGCACAGGCCCCCGGUGUCAUCACAGGUGUCACCCCUGCCCGGCCGCCCAUCCCGGUGACCAUCCCGCAGGUGGGGGUUGUGAAUCCCAUCCUGGCCAGUCCCCCGGCGCUGGGGCUGGUGGAGGUGAAGAAGGAGAAGGAGGAGGAGGAGGUGUUCCAGGAGUCGGAGCGGCCGGAGAUGCUGAGCGAGCAGGAGCACAUGAGCAUCUCGGGCAGCAGCGCGCGCCACAUGGUCAUGCAGAAGCUGCUGCGCAAGCAGGAGUCCACGGUGAUGGUGCUGCGGAACAUGGUGGAUCCCAAGGACAUCGACGACGACCUGGAGGGGGAGGUGACGGAGGAGUGCGGCAAGUUCGGCGCUGUCAACAGGGUCAUCAUCUACCAGGAGAAGCAGGGCGAGGAGGAGGACGCCGAGAUCAUCGUCAAGAUCUUCGUGGAGUUCUCCAUGGCCUCAGAGACUCACAAGGCCAUCCAGGCGCUCAACGGGCGCUGGUUCGCGGGCAGGAAGGUGGUGGCCGAGGUCUACGACCAGGAGAGGUUCGACAACAGCGACCUCUCGGCAUGAACUGCGCCCCGGGGCUGGGGCUGGGGCUGGGGCCGGGCCCGGCUCUGAUCCUGGGGCUGGGCCUGACUCUGAUCCUGGGGCUGGGGCCGGGCCCGGCUCUGAUCCUGGGCCUGGGGAUAGGCCUGACUCUGAUCCUGGGGCUGGGGAUGGGCCCAGCUCUGAUCCUGGGCCUGGGGAUGGGCCCGGCUCUGAUCCUGGGGCUGGGGAAUGGGGCUGACUCUGAUCCUGGGCCUGGGGAUAGGCCCAGCUCUGAUCCUGGGGCUGGGGCUGGGCCCGACUCUGAUCCUGGGGCUGGGCCUGACUCUGAUCCUGGGGCUGGGGCUGGGCCUGACUCUGAUCCCGAGGUUGGGGCUGAGCCCGGCUCUGAUCCUGAGGCUGGGCCUGACUCUGAUCCAGGGUCAGGGGAUGGGCCUGGCUCUGAUCCCCAGGCUUGGCUGAGCCCGGCUCUGAUCCCAGGGCUGGGCUUAGAUCUGGGGCUGGGCCCAGCUCUGAUCCCAGAGCCUGGAUCUGGGGCAUGGGCCUGACUCUGAUCCCUGGGCUUGGCUGGGCUUAGAUCUGGGGAAUGGGCCUGACUCUGAUCCCCGGGCUUGGCUGGGCUUGGCUUCUGGGAACUGGUCUAUCCCUGAUCCCAGGGCCUGAUUGAGCUCGGAUCCAGGGAAAUGGUCCCGCUCUGGUCCCAGGGCUUGGCCAAGCUCGAAUCCAGGGAAUCAGCCCAGCUCUUGUUCCAAGGAAUUGGCCAAGCUGCGCUCUGGGGACCGGCCCUGCCCCCUCUGCCUCCCAGGGCUUCCGUAGCCUCGUGUAAAGGACAUUCCAGGACAUUCCAGGGCGGGCACAGGGGUCUGGCGUCUGGGGAGUUGAGAUAAAAACGCAAAGAAAGCCGGUGUCA